AUGGACACCAAAGAGACCACUUCCACGGUUGCCGCCUAUCCCAGCGGCAGUGCUGAAGAUGUCUACGAGAAGCGUGGCUCCAUGACAGGCGAGAUUGUCAGCGGAGACCAUGGCGCCGAUACCGAGCUCAGGAGGCUGCUCAGCACCCGGCAUUUAACCAUGAUUGCCCUGGGGUCCAGUAUCGGUAUGGGGUUAUGGCUUGGGAGCGGUACCUCUCUAGCAAGCGGUGGUCCGGCUGGUAUGUUCAUUGGAUACCUUCUGGCCGGGUCCAUGAUCUGGUGUGUCAGUCACUCGAUCGGAGAGAUGGCCGUUUUGUAUCCCCUGCCGUCCGCUUUCGUUCAAUGGACAGACAAAUUCGUCGACCCGGGGGCCGCAUUUUCUCUCGGCUGGUCCUACUGGUUGAGCUACUGCAUCACCAUCGCGAACGAACUGCAAGCAGCCCACACCAUCAUCAGCUUCUGGACGACUGCCGUGCCCAUCGCGGGCUGGAUCACAAUUUGGUGGGCCUUCAUCGUUCUCGUCAACAUCGGGGCCGUCUCCAUCUUUGGCGAGAUUGAGGUCGUUGCCAGUACCAUCAAGUUCGGCUGGAUCUUUGUCAUCAUCAUCUCCAUGAUUGCAAUGUCGGCCGGAGGCGCCGCCUACGACGCAGUGGGCUUCAGGUACUGGAACGAGAACCCCUUUGCCGGUAACGGAUUCAAGGGUUUCCUCAGCGUUAUGCCUACCUGUAUCUUUGCCAUGUCGGGAUCGGAGAACUCCGGCCUCGUCGCUGCCGAGACGGUCAACCCGAGAAAGUCGGUGCCGCGUGCCAUUGGCUCCAUCUGGCUGCGCCUCUCGCUCUUCUACCUCCUCGGCUCGCUCAUGAUCACCAUCAACGUCGACCCGACCAACAAGGACCUGUUCGGCCAGUCGGGCACCAACGCCUCGCCCUUCGUCAUCGCCUACCGCGACGCCAAGCUGCCGGCCCUCGCCCACAUCAUGAACGCCAUCAUCCUGAUCUCCGUCGUCAGCACCGGUACCAUCAGCGGCUACGGCGGAUCGCGCACCGCCAUGGGCCUCGCGCAGCUCGGCAUGGCGCCCAAGCAGAUGGCUAAGGCCGACAAGACCGGCCGACCCUGGUGGGGUCUGGUCCCGACCUUCGUCCUGGGCGGUGGCCUCGCCUACCUCAAUGUCAGCGAGUCCGGCGCCGACGUCUUCGGCUGGUUCUCCAACCUCACCUCGCUUUUCACGCUCUUUGGCUGGGGCAUGAUCUGCCUCUCGCACAUCCGCUUCCGCACUGCCUGGGCCCGCCAGGGACGCACACCUGAGGAGCUACCGUGGAAGUCGUGGCUCUACCCCUACGGCGCCUGGUGGGGUCUGUCCAUGUGCAUCGUCCUGAUCAUCGUGCAGUUUUACCUGGCCGUCUCGCCCCUGGGCGCCGCCAUGAGCGCCAAGAACUUCUUCGCCAACUACAUCUCCAUCAUCGCUUGUGUUGUCAUGUGGCUCGGCGCUCGUAUUUAUUUCCGCGGCGGCUGGUGGAUCAAGCUCGACUCCAUUAACCUGGACGAGGGGCGCAGGUUUUACCGGGACGACAUUGAGAAGGUCAAGCCUACGGGUGCCAAAGGAGUAGCCAAGCGCAUUGUUGGCGCAGUCCUCAACUAG